AUGUGUCGUUUCACCAACAAAUUUAGCCAAAGAAUGGAUAGUAAAUACCGUCGCAAUGGUCGUCUAAUAGACAUCGUUGACGAGGAAUGGCGGGCGGAGCGACUCCCUCAUGAGGACAUCCAAGUCCCUCUGGAGGAGCUACCUGAUCCGGAGGCUGAUAGUGCUGAUUCUCAUCUUACGCUCAGGGAACAGAGCAUGCGCUGGCAAGAGAACUUUCCAGAGCCCGCAAGCAGUAAUCAAAACUAG